AAAAGCUUAUUAUUUUUAAGCAUCGUCCCUACUUGGGAUUCUGGUUGCUUUUCUCCCUCCAGAAUACAGCCUGUGGGCUCUAAUUCUGUGUAAAAAACAAUGGAGGAAAAUCUGCCUCCGGGGUUUCGGUUUCAUCCAACCGAUGAAGAACUCAUUACUUAUUAUCUAACAAGAAAGGUUUCUGAUAUCAGUUUCACCUCGAAAGCUAUUGUAGAUGUUGAUCUCAACAAAUGUGAACCUUGGGAGCUUCCAGGCAAGGCUUCGAUGGGGAAGAAAGAAUGGUAUUUCUUCAACAUGAAAGAUAGAAAAUACCCGACUGGACUUCGAACAAAUCGAGCCACUGAAGCAGGCUACUGGAAAACCACGGGGAAAGACAAAGAAAUAUUUCGCGGUGGAGUUCUUGUUGGGAUGAAGAAAACCCUAGUUUUUUACAAGGGUAGAGCUCCCAAGGGUGAAAAAAGCAACUGGGUUAUGCAUGAAUACAGGCUAGAAAACAAACAAGCUCUCAAAUCUAUUAAGGAGGAAUGGGUAGUUUGUAGGGUUUUCCAGAAGAGUUAUUCAUCUGUCAAGAAGCCCCAACAAGCACAAUCCUCACAGCCAUCUCUGGGAUCUCCAUGCGAGACAAACUCAAUGGUCAAUGAAUUUGGAGACAUCGACCAAAUGCCAAAUCUGAACACCAUGACAAAUCUACCUAGCUACUUCAAUAACAGCAUUCCAACGCAAAGUUACAACACUAACAAUAAUCUUAACAUGGGCAUUCAAGACUUGAACAUGAAGUGGGCGGCGGCAAGGGAGGCUGCCGCCGGUGCUCUUUCAUCUCUGGGGUGGUCUUCAAGCUUGCUCAGCCCGAUGAAUUCCUUGCUUUUGAAGGCAUUGCAACUGAGAAGUGCUUAUAACCCAGCUAGAGAAAUUCAGCCGCUGCCGCAAUGUGAUCAUUUAAGUUCGAGUUUUCCAGCUUCUUCUUCAUUAGAUAAUUCUCUGCCACCGCCGCAAUCACAGCCGGAGCAACCGUUUAAUCUGGACUCCAUGUGGUGAAAAUGUGCGGGCGAAUUGAACUAACAUGUUCUGUGUAAACUUCUUUCCUGUGUCAAUUAAUCAUCUUCAACCGAGUAAAAAGGGAUUGAUGUGACUCAAGAUCAAGCCUUUCAAUUUCAACAAAACGCUGGAAUAAAUAUGAAAAUAAUGUUGUAGCUAUUAGAUCUUGCGUUUCAAUUCUCUAGCUAGGUUUAUUAUUAUGUCUUGUUGCUUGUGUUCGAUCAACUGUUCAAAGAAUUGGAUGGUCUGUAUUUGGUUUAGUGUUAAUUAACUUCAUUAUCAAUGUUAUUUAAUUAAGAUCUCAA